AUGUUGACCGCGGAGGAGCAAUGGAAGAUCAUCCAGGAAGAGGAGAGGAGAACGGGAGGGGGAAGGAGGAAGAAAAAGUCUCUUAUGGAGCAACUCGAGGAUAUGGGCGGUUUCGGCGACGAUCCUGACGGUGAGGAGGCCAUAAGAGAGGAUCUGGAACGCACGGAUACAAGACAUCCGUUGCAGAAUUCUCAAGGGUCAAUUUCCGAAUGUGAAGUGUCAUUCGGAGAAUCAUCGUUUUGGGAAUCAAGAAAGAGGCUUUUCAACUCUUGGAUAUUCCAGGCCAAUCGCCCGCGUAGCUGGAUAAAAAGGAAAGACCUCCCUGUCUUUUUUCGAUUUGCUCUACGCCGACCCAUCAUGGACGAGAGGAGCUUCCAAGCCACCUUGCAAGCCAUGAACCUGCAGCUCGAGACACCCAUGGGAGAUGUUCGACAGCCACAUACUCGCCCCAUUGGACGAUCGAGGGAGUUGAUGUUCGGCAUUGAUGUUGAUCAAGAGAAGAAGGUACACGUCAGCAGCAGAUAUAGACGUGUUUUACCCAGAGGCGCGGCAGAAAACAUGGACAGAGUCAGAGAAGAAGCCAGUAGGAUGGUUCAGCACGAUGACGAAGACGUGCAACAAUUGACGCGAAGACAGCUCUUGACCGUGUAUGAGCAUGUGCAGAAUGGUAGCGUCCCGCUCGAGACGGCAGCCUGGCACUAUCGUGAUACCUUCAACAAUGCCGACAUGAGCGAUGAAACAUUGCUCAUUUGUCUCCAGCAAUUUGGCAUGCCAACGGAUCACAUCCCAACCAAGGAACGAAGCGCUCGUCGAGUCUCCGCCCAUUGCCGUUUUUCCAGCGGUGUAGAAAUGUUCAGGGAAGAAAUCGAGAACUUUCCUGUCCUGGAUCUGGACGAAAAAGAAGGUAGAAUCGUAAAGGAGCUAGUCAAUUACAUUGGGCUAUAUCGUAGUGGCGCAUUCCAGGAACACGAGGUUAUUCCUAUGAUUCAGCAUUGUCUGGAGGGUCUCCCGCUUGAGGUUAAUGUCAUCAGUGAUAUCCUUACUGACCUUGACAAAGAUGAGCAAACGGCUGCGAUACUCAUGUGGGAGGAUGCUUGCUUCAAUGAUAAUUCAUCUUUGUCUUCCGAGCCUCUCGUCAUCUCGUCGUCCUCUUCAUCGUCCUCGGAAGAAGAGAAUGAAAGGUCGCAUGAAGAUCGGGAAAACCCUCUUCGUGCGAUCGUGGCCCCAGAUCCGCAUGCAAAUGAAGAGAGAGAUCACGCUGCUGCAGCGGCGUUACCCGUGGAUGGGAGCAAGUCACCCGGUGGGCCUACGACGGAAGACAUGGACUACCGAGGAGAUUUCAAGGAGAAUGAGUCAGAACAGUCGGAGGCCAUGAGCAUUGACCAAGCGUCUAAGAGCCCACCAGCAGUUCCUCCAGGCGAGCGUCCGAACGUGUAUAGCUAUGCAAACGAGGCAGAAAGCAGUGUGCAGCCUCCAGGCACUCCAAGGCCAAAGCCUGCGUCUCUUGCGCCCGCCACUGAACAAUCUGCUAGCGAAGCAGAUGUAGAAUCUGAUCGCGAACCACCUCGUCAUAGAGCGAACGUCGGCCGUAGAAGACCCUCGUCGCCAGACAACGGUAUGACUACUGGGAUCUGGGGCCUGCUUAUGCCAACAAAGGAGGCCCGUAAGCUUGCUUACAAGAUGAAGCUGCCACAAGAUACCAUUGAUGAACAAGUCCGCUCAAUCUCACCUCGAAGAACCAAAAGAAGGAGGGCAAGCUAUGCGAAGACUAUUGUUACCUUUCCAAAAUCCAAACGCAAAGCUUCAAUGGCACUCCAUGGAGACACUCCUCUUAAAUCUCCAAAGCAUGGCGAUCAUUCUGAUCUUUUUGCGAGGGAAGGGGAAGACCAGGAAACCUUUGUGCUAAGCCAUUUUGACCGCGAUGCAAUUCGUUCGGAAGAUAUGUGUAUGAGAUGCUUACGUUUGCCCUGUGAAUGCGUAUAUGGAUCAUCUCCACGUUCAAGAGCUGAGCCUGAGUGCCCUAAAUGCCUGCAACAACUGUGCAAAUGCGGUCAAUUUCCCCAGCUGGACGAAGCCGUUCCAACUGCGCCCCCCAGUGCCAACCAAUCGGUUGAUGCCCUCAAGGCCAAGUUGGCUGAUAGGACGCGACCGCAACCAACGAAGCAAUCAGUCACACUGCUUGCUUAUCUAGCUCGGAUGCUAGACAACGAUAAUGUGUUGGCUUCGAUCAAGCAAUUGGAGCGACUCCACCCGGCCAAUACGAUAAUUGUAGAUACGAAAGCGAUACUGGAUCAUAUUCAGCAAGGCAUCGGUGCUGGCGAAGACUUGAACACCGACGGAGAAGACGAUCAAGAAGCUAUCCGCAUCUUACACGUAUUGAUCCAGUCUUCGCGGACACUGGUCGAUUAUUCCCAAAGGCUUCAUCGUGAAGCAACAGAGGGAAAUACUUCCAUCACAAGCGCUGACGAUUGUCAAGACGAACUAGGAGAGGGCCCAGAUUUAGAAUCAAGUUUGCUCAACAGCAGCUCUGGCCACGAAUACGUCCUUGCUCCGCCUUCAAAGCCAGUCGCCAGCGGAGCAGCAUCUCCAGAAAUCCAAUCGAACGUUGCCAACAGGUCUUUCUUUCAAGCAAUCGAUACACCACUCGGCAAAGGCGUUUCGCCUUAUAUACCCACACCUGCACCUGAUUCUAGCGUUAUUGAAGAUGCCGCCCAGCCGUCGCGCUUCCAAGCAGGCGCAUUCCCAGGCUCCUCAGCAGCAGGCGAUCCGUCAAGAGCAGAAACUCAUUCAAGUUCGUCAGCAGGAGGCGAAUUUGCAACAGCAGGAGGCCAUCCGUCACCAGCAGACAUUCCUUCAGAUUCGCCAGCAGGAGGUCCGCCCUCGUCAACAGCAGAUCUCAGCGAACAGGUGAGCGACAGCCCUAUUGAGGCGGAAGAUGGCACAGACUAUGACACUUUUGGAGCUUCUCUCACGAGACAGCCAUAUUCGGAUUUACGCGAUACGGGCAAUGGCGAGGCUGAAACGCGAUCACUACCCUCACCCAGGCCCGGAGUAAGGGGUUUGCAGAGAGAUGUUUCGCCACCAUCACCCAGACCAGAAGCAAAGCAAUUGCCUACCAGUAUUCCAUCGCCAUCGCCUAGGCCACCAUUAAUGGAGUUGCCCGAAAGUACACCACCAGCAACACCGAGACUUGCAUCAAAGGAUUUGUCCAAGAAUACGAAUGCGACUGCGCAAUCUUGUUUGAAAAGUCCGAGUUUUGACUCUCUCCCACUAUGGCCAGCUCAACCAGGACGUCCAGAAAAAGCCGGAAAGGAAUGGAUGAACAUGACUCCUAAGAAGGCCUUGGAAUACGCAAAGGAAGAGGCAUUUAGUCAUGGCAAAACUCUCGCUUUUUUCCUGGAAGAGCGGCGUGCUGUUAGAACUCGCAUCAAGAAAGAGAAUGAUUUUGCUAAUACAAAUUUGUCUAACCACAGUUUCUUCCAGAGUUCAAACGGAUUGUCAGGCUCGUCAGGCACUGCAAACACCCCAGCUCUGAACAAAAUAUUUGACAAGUAUCGAGACAAUGCGGCGGAGGAACCAGACAAGAUUGGGAUCGAAGGCUCGAUGCGAUAUCUGACGGACUUGGGCGUCAAGCUGGAUGAAGUUGUAGUCCUUGCAGUUCUUACAGAGCUCGGCGCACCUACGAUGGGCGAGUUCACUCGUGAAGGGUUCGUCAAUGGCUGGCAAAGUCAUCGCGCCGAAACCCUUCCCAAGCAACAAGGCCAAAUAGCCUCCUUCCGCCGCUCCCUUGCAACGACACCCGACUUCUUCAAACGCAUCUAUAAACAAACGUUCCUCAUCGCUCGCCUACCGGGCCAAAAAAUCGUACCCCUCGAAACGGCCCUCGAAUACUGGCGUCUCCUCUUGACAGCUCCUUCCUUAUCGUGGAACACAGCCAGUACGCCAUGGCUCACGCUGUGGCUGGAGUAUCUAGAGGCGCAGUGGAAGAAGAGUGUUAGUAAAGAUAUGUGGGAUCAGACGGGCGUCUUCGCCAUGAAGAGCCUGGAGGAUGAGAGUAUGAGUUGGUGGAGCGAGGACGGGGCGUGGCCGGGGGUGUUGGAUGAGUUUGUCUUUUAUGUGAGGGAGAAGAGGGGGGAUGCGACUGGUGCGGCGGAGAGUGAGAUGGAUGUUGGUUGA